UUAGUCGCAAUUCUCAUCCCUAAUUGACUUUGACAUUUACCUAUAAAAAAAAUAAAAUCACAAAAAUAUUUUGGUGUUGUUAGCAGCGGAUGUAAAUUAAUAUUACGGUUUAUAAUCAUAAAGUUAAAAUGGAUUCACCAGAUAUACUCCACGAAAAUACCCGUCUUUCUCCAGAAGUUCAUGAAAUAGGGAAUGUACAGACCUUGGAAAAAUCAUCAGAUGAAGAAUUAAUGCAAUUACAAGAGCAAGUAAUAGCUAAUUUUCAAAAACCUAAUGUGCCCAAUGUGAAUGUCCCUGAGAAAAUAAUUAUUUGCUUGGAUGUGUGUUACAUCAACCACAAUUCUUUGUAUCGUUUGGGCGAUGGAACAACAUUUACUCCUAUGAAUAUGAUGAAAAGGGUUCUCGAUUUUUUCCUUCACUCAAAACAUGCAAUUAAUAAAAAAACAGAAUUUGCUCUACUAAUAUUGAAAGAAUCAGAGCCUUGUUGGGCACAGAAUUUUACAAACAACCUUAAAGAUAUUAUCAAUGCUAUUGACUAUACAAAUGUGGAGGAAUGUACAUCUGAAAGCAUAGACUUUUCUAAACUAUUCAACAUGAUCAGACAUAAGGUUGACAUACCAGAGUACAAGCAAGGAGAGUGUAUACUGCCCCCUCCUUAUGUAAUAAGGAUGAUAGUUUUGUAUGGCAGACCAAACUGUGUACCACUGAUACCCCAGGAAAAUCCAAACUUUGUGUUUCUGAAGAAACAAUUGUACUUCUACAUAGACAUUCUGCUGGCACAUGAAGAAGAUUGUGCUAUGAAUAAGUGUGAAGAUAUUUAUGAUGCAUUACAAGACCUAGACAAUGGGUAUUCUUAUGUCUUUGAGGUAUCUAGAAAUGCAACCAAGAUUCACGAUUCCAUUGCUAAGUUACUGGCACACCCCUUGCAGAGGCCAUUGCAGAAAAACACGGAUUACUCAUUUGGUUCACGAUACUAAGUUAAUUCAUUUUAUAUACAUUUAUAUAAUAUAAUAUUCUUACAAAUAAAUAAAACAUAAUAUGGCUUGUUUUGAAA